AUUCUACACCGCUACCUUUGACAACACACCGGUUACAAAUGCUGUGUUUUGAUUGGUCAAUCGCCCCACAAAUGGUGGAUUUAAAAGUAAAUGUCGACGGCAAAGAUAUCGCUUCUGAUGGAGAAUCCUGAUCACCAAAUGCAUUUGAUAUCAACAUCUUGAUGGAAGAAGGAUGAAUUUGGAUUCUGUCGUUGAUCUAAUGUGAACUUAAACUCUGUAAUUUACCUGGCACCAGAAAGUGAAAUAACUCCACAAUGAAUCCCAGACAUUUUAAUAUGUCUGCAAGUAAUUCUUUUAUGCAGAAACAUACUGUGGACAAAGCCUUUCAGAGCCUCCUGGAGGAAAGUGUCAUAUAUGAAGGUCCAAUUAUUCAUAAGAGAUAUCUUUCGAAUCGACCUGAUUUAAACUUGUCGUCUGCAAGAGUAGAUCUCUUCUCUUCAGUCAAAAAUAAAACGUUUGAUAUGGGCUGGCGCCAAGAGGUUGCAAAGAAGUCCAUGUCUUUCUCACAGAACCAGUCACAUAUGUCCAGUUUUCAAACUAACCACAGUAGCUGGAGAAAUGUAUCUAACAGUCAUAAUGUUGGCAACCAUACCACGAGGGUUGUUUCAAAGAAGCCAACUUUAUCACCACAUCAGGAAUCGCCAUCUGUCUUGAGAAAGAAAUCACCUGCUAAGAUUUCUUCCUUUAAGAUGCCGCCACCAAAAAAUAAUCCAUCUUUCAGAAUUCACCAACAUGACGCCAAAAGAUUAGAGAAGCAUUUAAGCGAAACUAGCAAGCAUAACUUGAGGUCACAAGCAAGAGAUUUAGUGACAAACUUACAGCCUCGUGUGUUGGUAAAAGAUGUGAGAAAAUCAGGCAAGACAAGUCCAAAGAAACAAAGGGCUUCUGAUGAUGCCAAAAAGACCAAACACAGAUCACCACAAGCCACGAAAGAUGCAAAAGAUUUGCACAAACGACCACCACAAAAGAAAAAUUUAGUACAAAGCAUGCAAUCACAUGAAAUGGUAAGUGACAUUCAGAAGCAGAAGCUGAGGUCUUUUGCUGCUAAUCAGAAAGGUAAAUACAAUUCCGAGUCAACCGCCAGUUCAGAAACUUCUUCUUCUGAAGAUCCUGCCGUUAGUAAUAAAAGGAAGAGAAGUAGUCCGAUCAAAUCGCUAGCUGAACCAAAUCCUAAAAGACAAAAAGUACCACAUGUAAAAAAACCUGACCCCAAAGCACAAAAGUCUGAAACUUUAACAACAAAACCUAAUACAAAAUUACAGAUACCUGUAAGAAGAUCAUUGAGAACUGAACAGAAAGAACAGUCAUCUGUGCCAAAAUCUAAAUCCCCAUCAAAGCCGCUUCCAAAAUCCACCACCGUUGAACGAUUUUUAGACAAAUGGAUUGCUUACGAAGACAAAAAUGAAAUUUUUAUCAAAGGUCAUAUUAAGGACGGCAGCCCAAAUACAUUCUGGAGAAGCACCCCCGUUGUAAGGCGAAUCGAAAACUAUGUAUUGGAGACACAGUCAGGAACAAACUGUAUUAUAUCAGGAUCACCAUAUAAAUCUGCAAUGUUAAGCAAAGGUUAUACUCAGGAUAUAAUUAAUUAUUUUAAGAACGGCUUCCCUAUCAACUGGAAGUCUCUUCUGCAAAGAAACCUUCCAUCAAACAGUAAAACCACUGAGAAAAACCAAAAGCUUGAUGAAGAAAGACCAAGAAAACUCCAUGAUAGAGUGGCCAAAAAUUUGAAAGCUAUUGAAAAUAAGACCCCUACACCUGAAACAGCUUCUACCUCAGCUGAGAAUGACAUACCUUCUGAAAAACCUUUGCAAGAAGAAAGUUCUCUCUCAGAUGAGAUCUCCAAUUGCAGCGACGACGAUGAAUUGACGGAAAUGGAGAGUACGGCGACUGAUUUGUUAAAACUUCUGGAAUUUAGGGACAAAAACAAUGUAUUCACCUGUCACCUGAAUAAUAUUGAAAAUUCUUCCGGCUCUAGGAACUCAAAUAAUUAUUUUGUAAAGUCGAAAAAUGUGCCUCAGCAAAAUGGGUACGCGGAAAAUGAUAAAUCUAAGGGCAGGCAUGGCUCUAGCCGAUCACAGCAUAAGAAACAGACAACGGACAAGGAGUUGACAAUGAAGAAGCAGCAAACAGUUGAAGCUUCUUUGGAUUCUGAAAGUUCUGAGGAAAGUGGUUUGUCUGAUAGUGAUUAUAAGGAUAAACCUAAGAGGAAUAGGGUGGAAAAAAGGAAACCUGCAUCUCCUUCAAAAACACGUCAGUCUUCAUUGAAAAGAAAACAUUUAUCCCCAACAAAAGGUGUAUCUCCGAAAAAACAGAAACCACAUAAUCCUAGAAGCAGGAAAAGCUCGUCACCUUCCAAAAAAAACACUAAAACAAGAGUUUCGGCAAGUUCAAAUGCGAAUACCAGGAGCACAAAUGAUGAAUCGACUUCCGAAUAUGAUGCGGUACCAGUGACCAAAGGUGUAUCUCCGAAAAAACAGAAACCACAUAAUCGUAGAAGCAGGAAAAGCUCAUCACCUUCCAAAAAAAACACUAAAACGAGAGUUAGGGCCAGUUCAAAUGCGAAUACCAGGAGCACAAAUGAUGAAUCGACUUCCGAAUAUGAUGCGGUAUCAGUGACCAAAUCAAAUAAACCAAGCAAAAAGCCCGGUCGGGAUUCGUCUUCACGGAAUAAGACAAAGGAGACGAGUACUAAAUCUAGAAAGUCCACUGCUGAAAAAAAAAAGGAAGGAAUUUGGAGCGACACAGAGAUGAAAACCAUGAGGAGAGCCAUGAAUAAAUUAUCCGCGUUGGAUCCAAAGUUCUGGUCGAAGGUUGCCCAAAAGGUUGGGAAAUCGGCGACAGAAUGCAGGAACCAGUACUACAACCAUGGAUUACAACCAGAAAAAGAAGCACAGACUGCUAAGACAAAAAAAUCUCGGAAACCUCCCGAACCCGAGGCUGACGAAAACGAAGCAGAAGAUCCCGAAGACGAUUUUGACGAUGAUUUGUUCGAAUCGGAAAAUGUGAGGAAAAAAACCAAGAAUUUAAAUUUUAAUCCAGAAGAUAAAUUAGAGGACAUAUUUGGGGACUUGUGUGCGUUCACGCCACGUCCGUCGUCCGAUCCUAAUUUCCAGUCGUCAAUGAGCAAAUUUUUCUUAACACCAGUGUCAGAGAGGCAUACACCAGCUUCAUCGUUCUCAGACCUGGAAGUCAAAAUAGACUGGGAUAAUGCCACUCACUGCAUUAAAAAUUUUAAAAAGAAUCAGAAGAAAGGUGCUGGCCGCUUGAAAAUGAUCAAUAAAAAACUUGAUCUCCAGAAUUUGCAGGGACCUAAAAAAGUGAAAUCACUCGACCUUGUGGCCGAGUUGAACAAACUUAAUGAUAUCCCGAUGAAACCAAAAGCCAAUGCAGUUGAAGACUCUGAUCAUCUCUCUUAUUUCUCCGACAGCGACGCGAAUUGAUUGGCGAGAUAGAUCGAAGAACCCUCAACCACACACACAGAGGUGUGCAUGCGUGCCUCUUGUGUUAUUCUACCCUGUCUGUUUCCAUUUAGUUUCUGUGAUUGGGUUCCUUCAUACACACUCCCCACCGUUUCAUCCCAUCUCAUCGUAUUUGGUGAUGUAUUAUAUUUACUUUCUGUGAAAAUAUAAUUAACAAGACUGCUUCCAACUGAAACAAGGUCUGCAAAAAAAAGAUAAUGUUCUUUUCAGUUCCUACGUGAAGUGAUCUCAUUCCAUUCCGUCAUCAUUAAAUACUCAUUCAUAACAGAACAAAAAAAAAAACCAUCAGAAUUUCAUUCCUCACCUGUCUUGUCUUUGAAGAAUUUAUUAAUCAUCACACGAAAUGCGACAAGUCUAAAACCAGUCAUUCGCCCUGCAAAACAGGUUGACACCAUUUCAUUUGAUUCCAUUUAACUUUCGGUGCUCCAUAUUAUCAGGAGUAUGAAUGCUAAAGUACCCUGUUUUCACUGCCAUUUAAACUGGAAAUUGCAUUCUUAAUUGAAAGAAAUCAUUAAUUGUUCUUAAUUUUUUUUAAACGCUUUUAACCAACAAACUUUUAGUUCUGGGGUCAAUUUGUUUGACUAAAGGUGGUGCUCCAGCAUGGCCACAGUCAAUGUUUGUUGUAUGUUAAAAAUGGCAGUUUAGUAAUUCUCCUUUGACGGAGAAUUCUAACAAGAAUAUAAGAAAAAAAAACCCUCCCCAAAAACACCCAUUUCGCAUUCUGAAACCUCAUUGCAUGUGUAUAUGUGUAUAUGAGUGAGUGGACAAAUGGAAGAAAAUGGCACUCAACACAUGUGGUAGAAUGGAGUUGUAUGUAGUGUUUGAAACAGUUUGAUUCAGCUCCAUGUGACUUGGAGCUUCAUGGGUCUCUGACAGAAACCUGUUUUGUUCAGGCAUAGAUUAUCGAAUCUGGUAAUCUCUAUCUGAAGGAGACAGGUUUCUGUUAGUGGCCCAUGAAACUUUGAGUCACAUAGAGCUGCAACAGGUUGUUUCGGAUAAUAUAUAUAUAUAUGUGUGUGUGUAUGUUUGGAUAUGAGGGCGAAUGGCCUAGGGGUUGGCAUGUUGCAUUCAUGAUCUGGCUAUCGUGAUUUCAAUUCCUAGACCGGGUGGUGUGUUGUGUUCUUGAGCAAAAUACUUCAUCUCACGUUGCUCUGCGGUGACUUCAACACCUGAUGCAUGGCACACCGUGCAGUUGUUCAGACAAUGUCGAUUUGAUGGAGAAAGUGAGCUGAUGUGCAGCAUGAACAUUUGAUCACUAUAAGCAAAUCGUUUGUGCAAGUCGUUCGGCAAAAGCUGAAUGCUUGUUUGUUGUCUUCGACAGGAGAGUCCAUCUUAUAUAUAUACAUAUAUAUAUAUAUAUAUAUAUAUAUAUACAUAUAUAUAUUUGUACUUUUUAUCAUUAAUUGGCAAAAGUUACAAAGUGAUGCAUGAAAUUCUUGGCCCCCUUGAGUCACUUUAUAAUUUCUGCAGAUUAAUUAUAAAAAAAACAUACACAUAUAUAUUAUAUAUAUAUAUAUAUAUAUGGAGCAAAUGAAACACAGAAUUCUGUUUUCUUGUUUGUGUAACCAAACUUGUAUAGAUACACACACGCACAUACACACAUAGACACACACACACACAUGCAGUGUGUUCCUAUUCAGAAACAUAUGCAUAGAUAUUCGACAAAACUUCACCCCAAUAAACAAGAAAUGUGGGAACCAUUAGAAUGAAAUUGGUAAAGUGACUUCACAUUUUCUUGUGUUCUUAAUUCAAGUUUUUUAAUUUUCAUCAUUUAUUGUUUCUAAUUCAUCCAUUUGUAAAUAUUUCAACUAUUUCGCAUAAAUAAAGUUAAUUAGUUAUAAA